CGCCGAGCCGGGGCUGGAGGCGGGGCCGUAGCAACGGCUGCGAGCCCGGCCCGGAUGGGGAAGUGAGGUCAGAGCGGGGGGGGGCGGGAGGAGCGGAGCGGGGCCGCCGCAGGGUAAGCCGUGAAAAGCUCCAGACAACGGACCUCCUGCUGCCCCGAUGCUAUCAGCUGGGGUGGAAUGUCUCCUUGAUUCUGCCACCAGCGGUGUUACAGAGGAGUUCUACGCGGGACUGCCAGCCAGCAUCCCCGCGGAGCUGAUGGCAGUAUCAGAGCCUACCGUUGGAUUGGAUGCAAAGGCUGAUGUAUCCACACCUGUGCCCGCACGCAGCAGCAGCCUGUCAUCUGAGCAUCACGGGACUUCGGGGGUAGAAGACUUUUGCCAGAAGACAGAGGAGCCGGAUGAUAUGGUCAGAGCAAUUUCUCAUGGGCCAGCAGAAUCCCGUCCUGAAGAGUUACCGAGGGACAGAGACCUUGAAGAGGAUGAAAAAAGCAAAAGACAAAACUUUAGGGAACUAGACUGUUCUGGUGGUGGAUACCAGCACGAAGAUAAAGGGGCACAAGAUGCUGAGAAGAAUUGUGCUGAAUGCUGUGCUUUAACACCUGGAGAUUGGUCGAAACAAGAGGAUCCUCACCUAAACCAGUAUAAGGUGAAGUCUUCAAGAAGCUGUUGCACUGAAGUAGCAGGAUCUCUGAAGAACAAAGAAGAAAACCAAGCCAGUGUUCAGGUGACAGCUGAAAUUCUUCCAAAGCCCACUGAAGACCUACAAGGCCCGAAGAUGAAAGAACUAGGCAUAUAUGAGAAGAAAGAAGUGUCAUCACUCACAGCUAACCCUUCUGAGUAUAGCACUUCAAUCUGUGAUUGUCCAUUACUCAGCAAUGUGAAUAUUCGAAGGAGACAUGCUACCAAAACAGAAAAGACUCUGUGUCCAAUGGAAAAUCAGUUUCUUGCACAUCAAAGUGAGUUUAAUGGCCCAGUUCCAGGCAGCAAGCAUCUAGAAAGUUUAAACAAACCACCAAACACAGGUUUACAAUCUGUGGCUACUUCUGUGGAAGAAACUAAAACAUCAGUUGUCUCUAGUCAAAGUGAAAAGAAACUGUUAAAAAAAGGUGAUGACCUACCUCCGUUGGUUCAUAAAUAUGUAAGGAAAGAUGGUUUUCAAGGAACUGUAAAAGAGAAGGGAGUGGAUUUUGACUCUUUAAAUGGUAUAAGAAAUGCCGACUCUUCAGGAUGCGUGGGCUUCAUCAGUGAUCUAAUUCAGGUGGAGACAACAGAACUAAAAGAACAAGAAAACAGAUGUGGAAGAGAAGGUAAAGAAACUCUUGAAAGCCUUUCUGACAGCAAAUCACGAUGUGUUCUAGCUGGAAAAGACAUGGAUGUGACCUUACCAGAAGGUGGUGACUGUGAACGGAAGUUUAAGAAUGCAUGUGUAGAAGAGAAGAUUGAAAGAGAAAUAGCUCCUAGAAAACAGUUGCCCAUACAUCCUUUCCUUGAUGGAGGAGAUUUCCGAUGGGCUUUGUUAGAAGGUACAAAAGAAUCUGGUAGCAAAAUGGUCCCUGUCAGUAUUGAGAAUUGUGAAAAUGUUUUUGAAGAAAUCACAAGAUCUAACCUAAAUUUUUCAAAAGAAGGAAAAAAUACUACAAAGCUUGCACACUUAGCAGGUAUCAGUCAGUGUUCAGAAACUGUGCAAGACUGUCAAACUGAAAAUGCACCUGACACAGAAAUUUCACCAGAAUUCCCAUAUAAUACAACAUCCCCAUUUUAUCCGUCUAAGAAUAUACUAUCAAACAGUUGCAAACAAGCAUCACCAAAUUGUGUUUGCCAUGAAGUAUGUGUGCCUUACAAAUUAAAUGUGCAGAGCAAAGAUAAUUUAAAGAAAAUUACAGGAUUUCAAGACACUAUACCAGUUUAUUCAGUUUGCAAGGAAAAUAAGGCUUUAGGUUUGGAGAGACUUGAUCAAGUAGAGAAAUGUCAGGCACUUAAACGAAAGAAAAAGUACGAGGAGAUGGAGGUACAUUUGUCAGAGAAGGCACAACAAGAAAAGAAGUCGGAAUACCAAGUGAAAGCAAAAGUCACACUGCAACCAAGCAUAUUGGACAGUUCAGAACUUUUAAGCAGUUCUUCAACUGAGUUGGUGAUGGCAAGAAAUACAAAGUUUCAAGGUCCUUCAGAGGAGAUUUUUGCUUUCAAAAGCAGUGAAAAUAAACUACAUAGCACUUUACAAGAACUCAAAAGGCCAAAGAUUACCCCUGAUACAAUUAGUUCACAGUUUUUGAAGACUCAGGAUUCAGAAAUGGAAAACCUGAACCUUAAUUUAAACUAUAAUGGAAUUCCCGGUGCCUUUGGAACUACAAAGAAAUUAAGAGGACCUUUUCCAUUAAAAAGACAGCCUGGAAGGACGUGCAAAAAAGUUCCCACUUCGUAUCAAGUAGAAACAGUAAGAAAAAUGAAAAAAAAUAAAAGUUCAACUUUUUUGGAGACUCCCUCAGAAAUGCCCCCUAGCCAGGAAAAUACACUCCUCAAAUCUUUAUACUUUACAUGCAAACCACCAACAGUGGAAAAGGAAAUAGCCAUGAGAUUUGUACGUAUGUCAAGGCUCUCUGCCAAGAGGUGCAGUUUGUUGAACAGCUUGAAGUGUAGAAAAUGUACCAAAGAACCAGCAUUGUUGAGCAAGCUGUCUGCAAUGGCUAGCAAACUACUGGCACCUGCCAAAAGCAUCCAUAACAUAGAACCACUGCCAUGUUCUUCUGAAAUCCUUCCAGUGGCUGAGCGGUACAGCCAACGUAGAUCUAAAAAUCUAUUGGAAGCUUUGUCUUGCAUUAACAGGAACUUACACUCACGCUGGGCUGACAGUUGGUGUACCAAGAUGUUCAGCUUUCAGUCUUUGGCACUUUAUCCUGUAGGAUCUACCAAAAUAUCUUUUUUAGACUUGAGCAACAAUUCUCCAUCCUCUUUCUUGGAUACCCCACUUUUCCCAAUUUCUUUUCACAUAAAAUUGGACUCCAAUCCUGUGACAGACCUAACAGGGAGUACAUCUCGGCACUCUGGACAUCACAGACCAGUUUUGGGAGAAAUGCCGGCACCACCUUCAAAGUGGACAUUCUCUUUUCUCCUGUCUCAGAGCUGUUUGGAUGCAGCAACUUUCAAGGAAGAUUCCAGCCUAGAUAAUGAUCUGCCUUCCCCUCUCUCUGUAACAACCCCAGGGGCUGUUGCCCUUCAUCCCGACCACAGAAGAAAUGCCGUAGCUGAAAGAAUGGGAAGUUGCUCCAUGCUUGGCCUUCACACAGUGUUAGCACUUUCUUCCCCGGGAUGUUACAGGAUUUGGACGAGAAGAAGAAACUUAACCAGUCGUAUUCCUACUGUCCAGAGACUAUUUAUGUCCCAAUUCACACAGGGUUUGAAAGGGGCAAGGUAUCGAACUAAUGUGUCGGAUGAUCUCGUCUCUUCCUUGCCGUACUCAUUGGGCAGGGCCCUAUCCUUAUGGAGUCAGCAUGGUCCUUCUGCCUGUCCCUCCGAAAUCACUCCUCUUCAUUCCAAUCACUGCAAGUGGCAGCCAAGUGUGGGCAUCGAGAACAGCUAUGCCAUGUUACCGCACUUACCUGUACAGAGUAUGGAAGCACUACAGACACUGGGUCGUGAGAUAUCUCUGGAACCUUCAUUCCUUCUUCCAUUACCAAAGUCUCGCUUGCUUCCAGAAGCAUUGCCAUCUCCCCCCAGGCUUCCAGCAUCUGAACUCCAGGUCCCUGACCUUGAUGAAGCUAAUACUUCCAUUCCGGCCUGUUUUAGAUCUCAAGAUAACACAGAACUGAAAAAAACUGAGCCAGAAAAGAGGCCAAAGAAAGUCUCACAGAUCCGAAUCAGGAAAACUGUUCCUAAGCCAGAUCCUAACCUUACUCCAAUGGGACUACCCAAACCAAAAAGGCUUAAGAAAAAAGAAUUUAGUUUAGAAGAAAUUUACACAAACAAGAACUACAAGUCCCCUCCUCCAGCCAGGAGCUUGGAAACAAUCUUUGAAGAGCCCAAGGAGAAAAAUGGACACUUGAUCUCUGUCAGCCAGCAGAAGAGAAAGCGGAUUCUAGAGUUUCAGGACUUCACUCUUCCUCGGAAGAGGAAAGCACGAGGCAAAAUCAAAGCAGUGGGUAGUUUCACUCGAGCAAAAAGAGCUGCACUACAAAGUGCAGAGUUAGAUGCCCUUCUGAGUCAGAAGCUAAUGGACCUUGAAGCCUUUUUUGCAAAGGAGGCUGAGCAGGAGCAGGCCUCUGUCAUCCUAGGGAGCCACUCAGCUGAAUAUGGCCCAAAUCAGCUACUUUAGUAUUUUAGUCCUUCUGGGAGAAAUUUACUGACUUCUUCAUACCUUACUCUACCACUCUCUUCUAAUACCUGAUGAUAAGUUAUUGGCUGUGUCCCUCUUUAAGGUGCUAUUUUUUAUUUUUUUAAUGCUACUGGAGGGAUCCUCUUAGGGUCCCAGUGUGAGUGCAACACAGCCAUGUUAAGACUUCCCUUCCUUCCCCACCCUCUGGAAGUUACGGCUAAUGUUUAAUGAUGUUUAACAACAUUUUGAGGGUAGAGUAGGAGUAUAAAAGAGGACGUAGUGUACCUUCAGUGAUGCUAGAACUCUGUACUCCAAAACAUUUGCACAUUUGAAUCUGCUGUUACUACUGUAAUGGCUAUUUUGAACAACCUGACAGAAGAGAUAUGGUGUUUGGUAAAGAUAAGUUUUAACAAACACAUUGCUGAUAUACCACUAACUUUUUAAUAAUUAAAAGUAGCAGUCUGGGCUUGCUUUCAAUUAUUUCUUCCUUCUGUUUACUUAGAAGGUUCCUUCUGACUUUCUGGCCCUUUCUGGCUUCAGGCAGCAGAAGCCCCACGUAACUAGAAUUUAAAUAACUUGCACUUUGUAUAUAUUUGUGUAUUUGCAGUAUGAGGACACCUUUUAACAUGAUCUGAGAUUUUUAAAAAUAAUAAUAUUUUCAGAAAAGAAGGUGCCCAGUGCUAACUUUUCCCCAAUAGCAGAGUAAGUUUUUACCUAAUUGGCUGAUGCUUUAUACCUCUUCUCCAGAGGCAAAGCCCAUGAGGAUGUUAAGUCACAGCAUAUGCAAGUAGAGCUUUUAAUUUAACUGAGCUGAGCUGCUGCAUACUGGAAACACCAGCAAAAUCUUUGAUUCUCAUUUUUAAAUGAUUUUAAUUUCAGUAAAAAUAUCAGCUUCAUUUUAACACCAACAGGAAAAAAAAAGAUUUUUCUAAAACACUUUAGUUUUACAAUCCAUAUAGCUCAAAAUUAGAUGUCCUUUGUACAGCACCAUUGUACAUAAUAGCUGGUGCUGUACAAAGAUGUCAAAGAUGUCAAAAGUAUUUUUUUUUCAUUAUGUGAGGCCAUUUGUAAUUAUCUGAUGCAGCACUGGGCAAUUUCUCAGCUAUAGCUUUUCAAGGAAGAGAGCUCCCUUCUGGGGUAACUUCUGUUAAACCUACUUGAAGCAUGAUUCAAAAUGAAUGCUAGCUGCAGUACAGGUAAUUUCUGUCCUUUAGUGCCUAUAGAAGUUAUUCAUGCAAAGCCGUCAUUGCUGGGAUGCUCAAAUCUAAUUAGUCUAUUCUUUUAUUUGUCACUUAAAACUUGCACUUUCUUAUUUACCUACCCAUAUACUGAAGUUCCUAUUCACCUUCAGAAUGAGCAAAUAUCUAGUGGGUAGGUAUUUUAAUCAAGUCCCAGUCAAUGCAGGACUGAAAAUACCAUCAUUAUCUUCUGCUGCUCUGCCAUUUCUGUUACUGGCCUAACAGGAAACUCAAAAUUAACAAGCAAUCUGUUGAAUUCCAGAGCUUUGGAAGUAGAGAGAUGAAAGAGGAAUAUUACAUUCUCUGUGCCUGAGUCUUGAGAGAAAUGUAUUCUGGGUUUGUUUUGCUCUCAGCUUGCAUGCUGGGAUUCCUAGAAGUUUACAUUCUUGUUUAGGAGGCAAAUUAUCUUUAAUCAGGAAGACUGAAGAAAAGAGAAGAGUGCAGACUUAGAGUAGUGUUGUUUGGGUUUUGGGGAUAGAAUAACAAAGUAGGCAAACUUUGAACAUAUUAACAUACUAUUUCAGCAGCAAGGUCUGGUUAACCUAUUUGAGCUGCUGCAGAACGUUUUAAUUGAUCUUCUUUAUUUUUAUAAAAAGAAUUCCCUAAAAAAAAUAAAGGUCAACCACCUUUUCAAAAAAUAUUCAUAACUUUCCAUAUGUUGAUUUAUUGCCCAAAAAUUGACUGGCUGGAAGCUGUAGCAAGAGUGAUGUGUGCGUGUAUGUAUGUAUGUAUAUGUGUGUGUGUAUAUAUAUGUAUAUGUACAUAUAUAUAACUUUUUUAUGGUUUUAAUGCUGUAGAAUGGGAUUGUGGCACAGUGUUAAUUUACCUUCUAUUAAUAUGGCAGUCUUCUAGUGCUGUGACACAACUGAGCUGUAACCUCACUGGGGCUUUUAAGAAAACAAGGAUAUGGGUGAGGAGAGAGGUAACUUGGGUCCAAGAACAGUUCAUACCUCUAGCGUGCUUCAAAACAUGGAAUUUGUUGUUGUUUCCUUUGUGUGUGGGUUGUUUUGUUGUAUUUUUUGUCUGCUUCCUUACUCUGCCUUAUUUCUGAUUGAUUCUGAAAUAACACAAUAGCUCUUUAACAGUUACAGGAGAGAGAGCAGAGGAAAGAAAAUGCCAGAGUCCCUUUUAUGUACAAAAACUGAAGGAGUUUAGAAAAUAAUUUAGCAGUUUCCUAGUUUGUCCCACGCCUUAGAGCUUGUGGAAACCCAGAUAUACAGCAUUAUUCUGUUUUGGUUUAGUAUUUGUAUGAUAGAGAUGCAAACUAACUGAAACAAAGCAUCUUUUUCUUCCUCCCCACACACCCUUCAGGAACAGAUGUCAGUCAUUCUUGUGCACUUUUCCUUUUUUCCCUCUCCCACUUCUGUCCCUAUUUACAACACUCACGGAACAGCCUUGUUCCUUGUGGCUGCUGCUUGUAACUGGGAGUGAGGAUGGUGCAAAGGUAGGUAUUUGCCACUCUGAGCUGCUUCUGUCUCAGGUAAUUGAAGGAAAAAAAAAUAUUGAGGAGGCAUAUUUUGGGGUCUUAAAUACUUCUUCAGCUGCAAGAUGUGUACACUUGCCUUUUCGUAGAGAGAACCCACUCCAGUGAGGAUUUUUUUUUGUAUCAUCAUGGAAAGACAUUGUAUAUAUUGCUCACCAAUUGCUGACUAGAGCAGUCUGAGAAUUGCAGAUUGCCAGGUACCAUCAUGUAGCAGUAUGUUUUUCAGAGCCAGGCAGCUUUUUGCUAAAUUUACUGAUUAUGGGAGGUAGAAGGAUCACUUUCCUGAAAACAAAAUCUUUCUUUCAUCAUGCUACAAUUGGAGCAGCUAAGGCUACUUUAUGUGUUGCAAGGUUUGCCUGACUGUCAUUGUGGCUGCAUACGUUUGAGUUCUGAUGCUUGCUGAUUUUCUGCAAGCAGUUUUCAUUUAUUGUAUUUCAUUUGAGGUGGGCCUUUGGUAUAUUAUGUUUCAGGUGCUCUUCUAGAAUAUGGAUGCUAACUGUGGAUUAAACGUCUAUAUAAUGCUAUUAUGUCAACAUAUAGCGCAAUGAGAAUUUGUAUGCCUGUGCCAUUAGCCUCCAUCAUGCUCUUGGCAUUUUAUUUCUGUUCAAUAUUGUGUGAAUCUAAAAUUUUAUUGUUUCUUUUGUGUGUGUUUUUAAUUUAUGGAAAUAAAUUUUUCUGAGAAACUUUCA